GCCCCGCCCCGCCCCGCCUCUGCCAGGCAGCAGCGCCGGGGCCGGCAGGAGCAGCGCCGCUCCGAGACAUGAGGGGGGCCCGGCCCCGCCAAGCCCCGCAGCCCGGUCCGGGCCCGGCGGCCGCCCACUGAGCGGCCUGGCCCCCUCUUCGCCGUCAUGAAAAGCCCCAAGGAGGCCGCGGACUCGGAGCCGUCCUCAGCUGACUAUGUCCAGUUGCAAGUGCCAGUUAUUCAACAGUUGUACCAUUGGGACUGUGGGCUAGCCUGCUCCAGGAUGGCACUGCAGUACCUGAAUCGUUUGAAUGAUGAAGAAUUUCAGAAAGCCAUCCGGGAACUCCGGUUAACAAAGAGUAUCUGGACCAUUGACUUGGCCUACCUAAUGCGGCACUUUGGUGUUAAGCAUAGGUUCUGCACACAGACACUUGGAGUGGACAAGGGCUAUAAAAAUCAGUCGUUCUACAGGAAACACUUUGACACGGAAGAGUACAGAGUGAACCAGCUGUUCGCCCAGGCCAAAGCCAGCAAGGUGCUGGUGGAGAAGUGCACAGUGACUGUCCAGGACAUUCAGGAGCACCUGUCCCAAGGUCAUGUAGCCAUUGUCCUGGUGAAUGCAGUCUUGUUGCUGUGUGAACUUUGCUCAAGUCCCGUCAAAUAUUGCUGUUUCCUCCCUAUUGGCCAGAAGUGCUUCUGCAGGAAUCCUGACUACCAGGGUCAUUUCAUUGUGUUGUGUGGCUACAACAAAGCCUCAGGGAGUGUCUACUACAACAACCCUGCCUAUGCUGACCGAACAUGCAGCACCAGCAUCAGUAACUUUGAGGAAGCCAGGACGAGUUACGGCACAGAUGAGGAUAUCCUGUUUAUCUACACGGACAGCUGACAUCCAAGCUUGCUGCUUUGUCAUUUCUGGCGCAGUCUGCCCAGCACCUGCAUGGCAGCUGGCUGCUUGUCUCAGGACUCUUACUGCAGAGACUUAGCUCCUGAUUUGCAGUGGGAUCUUAAACAAGGGAUGCUUUAUAGACAUUCAGACAUUUAUAUUGCAGUGUUGUCUUCAUCUUUUUAUUCCCAAUGAUGAAAUAUCUGAUGUUGCAAUAUCUAACACACACACACACGCACAUUUUAAUUUUAACGUUGCACAUUUGAGAGCAGUUUCAAAAUGCAAUCCCCUCAGAGUCCGACUCUUACAGUUGGCUGUGAGCUUGUUUCUGAAUUAAAGACUUGAAAUAAAACACACCAAGUACACGACUUUAGUCUACACGUGGGAAUUUGUGCACAGGUUCAGCUACAUGAAGCAAGAAAAGAAAGAGGAAAUACACGUUGGUUUGCCUUCAAAACUGCCAGAGCUGAUCUUCACUCUAGAUUUAGUUAUUUAAUGGUCAGAAGGGUGUAGAUAGGAUAAAUGAUUAACCUGGCCCAUGAUUAUUUUUUUUCAAGGAAGAAAAUGACUUGUCAGCUGUUGACAUACUGUGGCAGAUUCUAUCAGCAUUGCCUGCAUAAUGGGAAUGAAAUACCACUUACAAAGCAAGCUUCUUGUGUAAACCCAGCUUGACUGCUCUCACCACCUGUACCUGGGAAUUGAGUUUGCAGUUUGAUCUUAUUGUCAGUGGAGGACCAGUCUUCCUGCUAAGGGCUAUAGGCUACUCCUUCCAAGUAGUAAGCACCUACUGUCAUUUUGCCUACCGAGUUAUCUUGCAUGAGUUAAAACGUUUCUAGGAAUGGUUUGACCAAAGUUCUGUGUUGCCCCAAAAGGCUGACUGGUGACAUUUUAUUUGGGCCUAAGAAAUUUUAAGUCUGUGUGCAAAGGGUUGGAAACAUCCCCCCCCACACACACACACACUCUCUCUCUCUCUCUCUGCAGUAUCCAGGGAUCAAGUCUAGGUACAGUUUUUAAACUGUUGAUUAAGUAAAUGCAUUAAGUAGUCACCCAAGCACUGAGGGUUUAUGCCUUGUGUGCAGAGGGUUAUUUUAAAUGUCUGGCAGGAGAGAGAACAGAUUUUGCGCGAAGCCUGUAUUGUAAUUUGAGGUUCAGCAUUUGUUGUUGAGAUUUAUUGAGGGAUUUCCCAGGAACAGAUACUGCCAGGAGCCUGGCUCAGAACUCUGCUUCAAAUUGAGAAGGCAGGGAGAACAAACUUCUCUUGGCUGAAGUCCAAAGAUGUUAUAGCAGGAGCCCAGACUUUCUACCUCUUCUCACUCUACAGCUGUGUUCUGGAAUAAGCAGCAGGGUCCUCACUGCAGUCUGAUGCUUUAAGCUAAACUGUAAGAUUGCAGCAGGCUGUGUGUAGCCCCUUUAACAUAUUAUCUGGGAUCACCUGCCUGGCAGAGAAGCACUGAAAUGUAGGAAAUAAUUCAGCUUUGACCUUACACUUCCUACAAAUUUUGACUCCCAGUCUCAUCGUGUCUUGAAAUUUAGCUUUAUGACUUUAACUACAAUAGAAAUGUGCUUGGUUUUAUACUUAGCCUUUUCAGCUGAGGAUUCAGAUAAUGUACAAUUGACUUAAAGUCACGCUGGCAAAUCCUUUGGGCCCAAAAUCUGGUCUACUCUAAAAUUAUAACUGGUUUGAACUCACCUCCAAAUUCCAAAAUGAUUUUAAAAACAAAAGAAAAAACGUUGCUAUGGAUGUAAGCACUAUAACAUGAUAUGUUUUGUACCUAGACAACCAGCUGAGGAGACGCAUCUUAAACCCAUUGCCUAAAGCUGUAAUCCCUGAUGGUGCAGGUAGUAAAUAAAAAGCACCCUUUCUGGUGAAAACAGAGUACAGGGAGUCAGUGUUUAGCAACACGCUAAAGGAUAAAAGUUGUAAGGAAAAACAUUUUCUAAUCUAGGUGGCUUGCAAACACUGGAGAGUACCAAAAAGUACUUGAUGGGGUAUGUUCAAUAUAAUCUAGAGUGCUCCUGUCUUCAGUGCCUGAGAUACAGCAGCAGGUGAGUAGAAAUGCCGUUCCUUUGCAAAAUCUGAAAAACGAGUUUGAUGGAAAUGUGUUUUCAAUCAGAACUCAUUUACAGCAGGUGUGGCUGGAAUGCACUUGGGCACCUGCUGCAUGUGAAGAUGACUGGGAAUUAGGGUACAAGUUAGUGGCAGACA